AUGACGCUCAGGAAUGAUGAGACCAGUUUCACUACCGACUUGGGCCAGCGUGAGAGGUCCACGGAGCAGCUUGUGACACGAGCGCCUGCCACAGCACAAGAGGAUAAAGCUCUCGUACCAGGGAUUAUGGUUGUUUCAGUCGCCCCAACAUCCAUGGCCAAGGUGGUCCGGCACGAGAUAGCUGGUGCUGCUCUGAGGGAAGAAGGCUCGUCAGUGUCGUUGCAGCAUACCGCUGCUUCAUCUAACACCGAGUUCACCGAGAGCUCCGAAGCGGUGACAACGAGCAUUUCCACUGGCACCAUCGUGGGUAUCUCAGUCGGGAUUGCCAUCCCUGUUGCCCUCGUAUCCGUUGGCUUUUUCGUCCUGUACCGGCGCGAGCAGCAAAGGCGAGAGCGACCCCGUAUCUUCAUUAACAAUUACAUCUCCAACCGAAUGUCGCCCACCGAGCUGCUCCAACUUACCAACCAAGGCUUUCACGCCCGCGAUGACAUCCCCAACAGAGGCUCAGCGCACUCAGGCCAGACCAGCCGGCCAGUGACAUUGGCGGAUGGAGAUAGAUGA